AUGCGUAAAUCGGACCAUUCGCCAUUCACCAUCAAGGGGCAGACGGUGGUACCCAAAGACCACGUUAAGAUCCUGGGUGUCUUGAUGGACACGAGGCUCAAGUACAAGGAGCAUAUCGCGAGAGCAGCGUCCAAGGGUCUCGAAGCAGCGAUGGAGCUUCGGCGAUUCCGAGGCCUCUCCCUAGCAACCGCGCGACAACUAUUCGCAUCGACGGUAGCACCAGUCGUGGACUACGCCUCCAAUGUCUGGAUGCACGCGUGCAAGGAUAAAGCCAUGGGGCCGAUCAAUCGAGUCCAAAGAGUAGGCGCGCAAGCCAUCGUGGGGACAUUUCUCACGGUCGCGACUAGUGUCGCAGAGGCGGAGGCUCACAUGGCUACUGCACAACGUCGAUUUUGGAAACAAGCCAGGAAAAUGUGGACAGACGUCCACACCUUGCCGGAAACCAAUCCUCUUCGCCGGUGUACAGAUCAGAUCAGAAACACAUCGACAUGGAGACAUUAG